CUACAAAAGCUUAGUUCAAAAUACCGCCUUAUUUCGCACUCACAAGUCUCGCCCCCUUCUUCCUCACACUGAUUCAACAACGUUCAGUGGCUGAGUGUUUUUCUCUUGAUUGCUUCAUUAGAUGGAUUGGGAAGGGCAAAAGCUAGCAGAGCAACUGAUGCAGAUAAUGCUGCUUGCAUUUGCUGUGAUUGCAUUUGGAGCUGGAUAUCUCCUUGCUUCUUUCCAAACAAUGAUUCUCACAUAUGCUGGCGGUGUAGUUCUCACCACAUUAGUCACUCUUCCGAAUUGGCCCUUCUUCAACAAACAUCCUCUUAAGUGGUUGGACCCAAGUGAAGCGGAAAAGCAUCCAAAGCCACAACCAUCUGUGAAUGUAACUGCAAAAAAGAAAUCCGUCAAAAAGUAGGUUUAUUUUUCUUUUUGCUUAUGUUGUACUAGCUUUUUCUUGAAGUUGAUCCUUUGAUCUUUGACAGAAAUUCGCAUUUCUUUCUGCAUAAUACAAUGGACCUUCUUAGUGUACAACUAAACUAUAUACUUGUUUUGGAUAUUGCUCGUCUCCGCAGACAUUUACCUUGAUGCA